AUGGAGGAUAAAAAAUCAGAUAAGAUUCUUCCGGCAAUGCAAAAUCCAACUACCCCUUCUAUGGAAAACCCAGCUAGUGAGAACAGAGUUACUAACCAUAUUCCCAGAGACCUUCAUUUCUCUGUUCUUUCUAAUCUUCCAUUUAAAUCCGUCAACCGAUUUUCUUCUGUUCACAGAUCUUGGUAUCAUUUGCAUGAAAACCCUGCUUUCCUAAACAUGUUUUUGGCUUCAGAAUCUCAUUACAAUGAUCAUCCUGAUGUGAAGCUUUUAUUUAACACAAAUAUGACUUUGAGCCCUAGGCUGUAUCUAUGCUCAGGUGAGCACUUUAAGAUUGAAUCUGAAUUGGAGAUGGAGUUUCCAUCUUCAUUCCUUAACAAGAAUCUUUCCAUAUUAGGUUCAGCUAUUCAUGGUGUUAUCUGUCUAUACGAAGUUAGCAAUCAGAAUAAUGUCAUAGUGUGGAAUCCUGUUAAUGGCCAAAAACAUGUCCUUCCUACCAACCAUGCUGAGAACUGUAUCUCUAACGUUCUUGUUCAUGGAUUUGGUUAUGACCAUGUUCAUCAAGAUUUCAAGGUUAUACAAUAUGUGGUUAACAAUGGUGUUAAAUGUCUUGGUAGUAGAGAUCAAAGCAACUCCUUUUGGCAGGUGUAUAGUCUGGUAAAUAACAAGCAUACAAAGAUUGAAGUUGCUUUCAGUGUUCCCUUUCUUCAUUAUAAGCCUUACGAUGGUAUGGAAGUUUACUUGGAUAAUGUGUGCUAUUGGCUGGGCAGAAUCAGCGAAGAUGAUCAACUUUAUCUUGUCUCAUUCAAUUUGGCCAAGAAUAAGUUUUUAACAAAUACACCCUUGGAUAAUAAAUGGGUCCGUUACUAUGAUGAGUACGACUUUGAUGUAACGGAACUCUUUCUAAAGUUGGUGGUGAUACAUGGCUCUGUUGCUAUGAUUAUACAGCAUACCGAUCCGUUUUCUUUUAGCAUAUAUAUUUUGGGUGAGAUUGGUAUGAAAGAAACAUGGACAAAACUGGUCAAUGUUUCACCUCUGCCUUCCAUGAAGGAUUCUAUAGCAGCUGGGAAAAAGGGCGUUAUAUUCUUUAAAGCAUAUGAAAAGGAUGGAAAGGUAGCUUGUUACGAUUUAACUACCGGGGCGGUUGAGGAACUUAAUUUUGGAGCAGGAAAGAAUAUUCGCCAAAUCGUGCUUUACAAGGAGAGCGAUCGUUCUCUUUCAGAAAAGAGAAAGAACACCUGUCUACUUGAAGAAUCUUCACAAAGUUAA